AUGCAGAUGAAAGAAUCAUCACAAAUGCCAGCAGGACAGAUCACCAUAGCAAGCCCCAAACUCCACCACAGCCUUUACAGCCUGACAGACAGCUCAGAUGCUGAACAAGAGGGUGAUGAAGCCGAUGGUCCACCAUGCCUUACUCCGCUACAGAAACUCACAAUGGACAUGCACAAAGAUGACAGAAUCAUCAAGGAACUGGUCAUUGGUCGCAGGGUCGGCUUCUACAAGGUUAGAGGAGAAAUUGGCCAUGGGACCUUCUCCAGAGUCAAACUGGCGUUUCAUGCUCUGACAAAAGACAAAGUUGCCCUUAAGAUCCUGGAUAAGACAAGAUUCGACCCUCAGGCCCAACGGCUACUCUCCAGGGAAGUCAGCAACAUGAACUCCUUGCAGCACCCUAACGUGAUCCGUCUCUAUGAAGUCGUUGAGACGUCAAGCCGCCUCUACCUGGUGUUGGAGUACGCUGGGGGUGGAGACCUUCAUAACAAGAUCUGCAAUGAGGGAAAACUUUCUGACAACAUCUGCAAGAUCACAUUUUCACAGAUCCUCUCUGCCAUUAAAUAUAUGCACAAUAAUAACAUCAUCCACCGGGACCUGAAGGCUGAGAAUGUUCUGUUCACCUCCAGUGGCUGCAUUAAGGUUGCAGAUUUUGGAUUCAGCAAGCAGAUUUCCAACCGUAAUGAUGCAUUGGACACCUUCUGUGGCUCACCUCCGUAUGCUGCCCCGGAGCUCUUUAAGGAUGAGUACUACCUGGGCCCUCCAGUGGAUGUGUGGGCAAUGGGGGUCCUCCUUUUCUUUAUGGUGACCGGCACCAUGCCGUUUCGUGCUGAUACCAUGGGAAAACUGAGGCGCUGUGUCAUCCAAGGCUCCUACAGUAUUCCCCCCUGGGUCCCUGGCCCUUGUCAGAGGCUCAUCAGGGGCAUUCUAAAGGCAGAUCCCAUGGAGCGUUAUGCAGUUGACCAGAUGCUAGGUUGUGAUUGGCUUUUACCAGUGGAGUUCCCAUGGUCGUUGGCGUCUCUGGAACCAGCGAGCCCGCUGCAAAGCCUGUUGGAUUCGGAUAGUAGAGACCUCGUAGAAGAGGAGGAGACAGAGGAGGUCACGUGCUUACUAGAGAAGCUCGGGAUCACCUCGGCACACCUUCGGAACAAUCAGCUGAAUGACAGUCGCAGCCCAGUAACCGGGGUCUAUCGAAUCCUGCUGCACCGAGUACAGAACAGGAGGGGCUGCGAUAGCCUGCCAGUGGUCCGUGGGAUGGUGAGGGACCCCAAGCGGGAGGGACUUCGAGCAUACAGAGGCCUCAGGCACACCUCCAAACUCUGCGUGCUUUCAUAA